GCAGUCGGGCCACAGGUAGCUCUGUGUAUGGUUUGGCUUCGGUUGUUGUGUUGCGGCGUAAGAGGCUGGCGCAUCUUCAAGCAGCGGCUGUGCGCUGAGUGCAGAAUGAGCAGAUACCAGGCAACUGUGCAUAAGUUCUUUGGUGCUUAAAAGACUUCAUCUCCUUGCAUCUGUAACAUUCUUGAGAAGCAGUUUAAGAAUUAAGAAAAUGAGCUGAGAAUCAUUUUAAAGAAGUGGAUAUAAAUUAAUAGGAACGCUCUAAUGGAUGACAGGGAAUCUCCUACAAAUGACCUGCAGGUAAACGUGCAAGACCUGCUUCAUGCCAACACUCAAUGCUUGGCUUCUUCACCAGAUGAAAAUGAGAACCAGCUGAAUGGCAGCAAGCACAAGGCCCUGAAAAGCAGGGAUAAAGUAAUGGGAAUAGUGGAGCAGGACAGCAUCAAUAAUAAUGAAGGGCAGGACAGUGGUGUCUGCGCAUCCCACUGUCAAGAAGCCUUAAGUGAUCAACUGACUAGGAGUUCCGGUACAGAUGAAAUGCUCAUUCCAGAAAUCUGCUUCCCUGAAAACAAGAGUUCAAGAAAAACAAAAAGCUGCAUCAAGAAAGUGGCAAAGCAAAAGAAAAAGGAUGCUGAGGAUGGAAACAAGUCAAAUGCAAACUGCUCCCAAAAGGACCCAACACAGACUUUGCAGGCCCUCUUUUCCCUUCUUCGAGAAGAAUUUGAGGAGAUGGAUUCAAGAGUAUUGCCCCUGUGUCUCCAUCAGAUUGCUGAAACCUAUUUUCAGGAUGGAGAAUAUGAGAAGGCCAUGAAGUUCAUUCAGCUUGAACAGUUAUACCAUGAGCAACUACUUGCAAAUCUUUCUUCUAUUCAGCAGCAGUGGGAAAAAAAAUGGAAAGCAGCCGCAGCUGGUGAGUGUCGAAGUCUAAAAAAAUCUGCUAAAGAUCUGAAUAAUGAAGAAUUAGACAAACUAGCUGAACUUUGCACAUCACAUCAAGAGCCCCUUGUCUCCCGAAGCAAGUUAAUAAAUGAAGAAAAUACCUGGACGCACAAUAGUUUCAUAGGUUUAAUAGGAUCUGAAGAUUUAAAGGAAAGAGGUGCUGCUUCAUGUGAUUCAGACACUGAAACUUGGCCUGGCAUUGGACCAAGGACAGAGAAUCACCACAGAGAGAAAGAGAGAAGCAAGAGCUUCCAGCUUGAUAGCUGGCAUACACUUAGUGAGAGAGCCAGUCUUCAGAUAGCUGUGAGGAAGUACCACAUGGAGGAGGAGCCCUGCAGCGCUGAAUCAAGACUGGAGUCACCCACCCAAUCCCUAGGGGCCCUGGACACAUUUCACUCAAGCUGUUUAUCUUCUAGGGAUUCCAGUGAAGAUAAUAGUCUGCAGCUGAGAGGAGAACAGUUACCUGAGGAUGUAUCGAAAAUAGAAGCAGCUGCUGAGAAGCCUGCAGCAGAGUGCUCUAGUGAACUGAUGGUAGACACACUGGUUUUGACAGAUGCUGAUUAUAUGCUUUGUGAUCUAAUUUCCACAGAUGAAAAUGUUAAGUCUGAAAGGAACGUACUCCAUUCAAACCACUGUCAUGGUUCUAGUGUGAUUUCCAGUGGGCAGCUGGGAAGCAGCAUAUUAAACCACCAGCAGCGACAGCCUGUUUACAAAAAUGAUAGAACUGUGCCGUGCAGAACUUCAUCAGACAUUAGUGAAAAUGUGUGCUCUAGAAGUAAUAUGCCUGAACAGGCUACUGUUGGAUAUGCAAAAGUAUCUGAAGGGAUACAGGAAACGACAGAGCUGGAAGAAGAAGAUGAAAGCGAAGGAUCAGAAGAUUUCUUUGAACAGUUUUUAAAUGGCUGCAUAAAAGUCAGAGAAGAAUCCCUCAAAUACUUAGGAACUCCAGGCAGCUCCGACACUCUUUCACAUAUACCAAAUGAACAAGCACUUUAUUGUUCAUCAGAAGGUUAUUCACUGGAGGAAAGCUUUUCUUCACUUGAUGAACUAGCAAAACGGAUCAAAAUUGCAGAGACUGCCCCUGCUGAGGGGCUUGUGUCCAUAUUAAAGAAGAGAGAUGACAGUGAAGGCAAAACUCUUUCUCAAAUUCAGCAGAGACAGUCAAAAAGAAGAGUGAGAUUCCAAGAAAUGGACGACACAUUAGAUCAAGAGGAAGUUGGAGGUGGUUCCUGUAUUCUGCUGAUCUUGUUGUGCAUAGCAACUGUAUUCCUUAGUGUUGGAGGAACUGCCCUGUACUGCACAUUUGGCGAUACUGAAUCUCCAGUAUGUACUGAUUUUGCAGCCAACGUGGACUUUUACUGUACCCGGAUAAUACAGGGUAUAGAAGAACUUAAGCACUGGAUAUCUUUCUCAUAAUAUAAACAAACACGAAGACCUUGCUGACAGCUAACUGACAAUUGCUGAAGAGGAAAGAAUAAUUAACUUCAGGCUUCUUAUAACAUGGCACCUUCAGAAGCAGCACAGCUAAUAACAUAAAAGCGCCUAUGUUGUAAGUAGGAGCUACUUUGCAGUAAUCAGGAGUAUAUAAUAGGAGUUCACAUGAAAUCAUGAAGUGGCAUAAAGACUGGUAAACAGACAGUUUGAAUGUUCAUCUUUAGAGACCAUUUAAACAGCCAUCUGUCCCUCAAUCUUGGGAAAUGAAGAAGAAAGAAAAAUAAGUUAUCACUUACCAUACAGUUUCAAAUCCCCACAUGAUCAUAUGCAAUAUAUGUAAGCUUAGUACAAGACUGUUGUGGAGUUUUCAGCUGUUUGUGCAAAGAUUUUUUUCUCCAACCUUAUGCAAUAAGGCAAAGCUGUAUGGAUAUGAACCUUAUUUUUUUGUUGUUGAAGUCUUCAUGUCUGUGUUGAUUUUCACUUACCCUAGUGAGAUUUGUAAUUUGAUUGGAGUGGUGCCAUAGGAAUCAGAGCCCUCAAUCUAGAUGUUACAUUUGCCUUGCAUUUCAUUAUGUAGCAGUUGUUACGAGUGAUGCCUUCAUCACUCUAUAUACAGUCCUGACAAAUUAUGUGAUCUUUUAAUUUGUAGACUCCCUUAAAAGUUUUACAAACUAGCCAUCAUGCAGUCACAGUCAUGACUGGCUGCAGCUCCCAGUAGAGUGUGCUCCCAUUUGGCAAACCUGGUUUUCCUCAGUGUAAUUACAGAAAUAAGCCUGUCAAUGCCAAAAACACUUUUAACAAAGCUGGACUCUCAAAAUGUUUAGGUCACUAAAAGCAAAGAGGAGUAGGGGUUGAGAUACAUGACUAUGGAAUAGAUUUGUACUGGUCUAAAUUAUUGUGAGAAAGUUGGACUGAAAAAUCAGAAAUUUGAUUAAAGAUACAAACUAGUCAGUCGAAAAUCUGAGAUAUAUGGCCCCAAAUUAUUAAAUGCAGUCAGUCAUUCAAAUCCUGAUAGUUUCAGGUGGGUGAUCAUGUUGGUCUGCAAUAGAAAAGCAAGAUUCGAGUCUGCUGGCCUAUUGACCAACAAAAUUUCCAGGAUAUAAGCCAUUAUUUCCCAAUCAGGGUUCUACAUGACAUCAUCAGGGGUUCCACAAGAAAUCAUGGAAUAAAUAAUCUUAUAUUGAGUUUGGAUAAAAACUUUAUUUCGAUGUAUCAGUAAACUUAAUUUUGAUUUGAUAUAUUUGGAAAAAGUUUGGAUAAUCCAAAUAGACAGAUGUAAGCAGAUAGAAGCUUUUUACAAAUGUUCUUGACGAUAAUUUAGCAGUAAUAGAAUUGUGCUCCCCACCAUCAACUUUUUCUGGUCUAUGUUUUCAUAGGUAGGAGUUUCUCAGAAUUUGAAAAAUUAAUGUAGGGGAUUCCUCCAUGAAAAAAAGGUUGGAACAUGGGAAGCAUUGGUAUAAGCUCCCUAGCAAUUUGAGAGUCAAACACUGAGAGUCAAAUGGAGCUUUGACUAUUGAAAACGUAUACCCUGGAAAUCUUGUUGGUUUUUAAGGUGCUACUAGACUUGAACCUUGCUCAUUCAAAUCCUGGCUUGCCUUGACAAAUGCUGGUUUCAUUGCCUUCACUUUUUCCUUCCCUGCAGACACCCAACUGGUAUCUUGGUCUGCAUUGGAGUAAGGGUGGCUCUAAGGAACAAGCCAGGAUGUCUUGCUAUGUUGUUGGCUAAUGUGUGAUUGUAACAAAUAAAAUCAGUUAAGCCAGGAUGUCAACAUUUAUGCAUCAAGCAAAACCAUUUAGUUAAUCAAGAAACAUCAAACCAUAGUUUCAGAUCAUGGUGUGAUAUUCCCAACUAAUCAUAGUUAGUGGAAUGACUUGGGUUUAGAACAAUCUUGCUAACCAUUGUUAACUAAACCACAAUGAACUAAAACACAUGUUUAUGUCUUGUCCUCCAACUGUAGAUUGUUUUCCACCUGGGUCUUGCUUCCAGUUGUUUAGGCUAAAAUCAUUAAAACUUUUAAAACAUAUUAAAUAGUUGGUGUAAAAACAAGGGCAACAUACAAAUUCAUAAGGGAUGAAUAGCUACUGAAAAUGACAUAUAUAUCAUAUUCAUUUCCUUAAAUCUUUAGAGCACUGGUUUUUAAACUUUUUCACCUUCAGGGAACACUUUUAACAUUGACUUUUCUAUUGUGUUAGGUGGAAAGCCUGAGCAUAUUCUAGGCACACACAGUAGACACAGUUUAGUACAGGGGCCUCACCCUAUGUGGACUGUUGUGCAUACCCACCAUUCUUCUGCAUAUGCAGUGGAGAAAGCCAGUAGGUAUGAACAAGCUGUCUUUUGAGAUUGCUGAUCUUCUCAGUGAGGGAACCCCAGGGUUCCCUGAAACACUGUUUAAAAACACUGCUUUAGGAAAUGAAGAGCAGACAAUAGAAUGCUCCACUAUUUCCCUGUAUGCUCGACUUCUUCAACCAGUGAAGAAGCCAUGUUGAAUUCCUUAUGUCUAAACUAUUCCUGAAAAUUGCCUUUCUGAUCUUUGCUUAGUUUAAAAAGUGGUUUGCCAUGUUCUUUGGGAAACACAAACCCAGUGAUCUGCUAUAUGCCCACAACUAAUUGCACAUUUGUUUGGAUACUGGCCAGUAUAUUUAUGUUCCGUGAGGGAAGGUUCAGGUUAUAUAUAGUAGGAAACUUUUGAGAGUGAAAAAUCCUACUGGGUGAGUGCAAUGAUUUGGGUGCAUCUGAAAUAGCUCUUAAAGCUUUGACCACUAAAUCUGUGCUAUUCUUACUGGAUAUUUUUCUUCUGAAUUUUGCUGGCAUCCUUUUAAAUGGCUGAAAAUAGUUAUCAAGUCCAAUCUUUCUCACCAAUAUUAAAUAUAUUCAGUUUCCCAAGUCUGGCCUCAUUACUUUUGCUUUGAGGUCACUUAUAAUCCUGGUAAUGCUUCUCUUGAAAUCUUCAGUAAUUACCCUUCUAAAAAAAGGACAUCCAAAGCAUAAUGGCAUAUACCAAAUAUGGCAUUUGCAACAAAUUGUGCUGAAGUCCUGGGAUUAAAAGCUUCUCUGGAUGCCACUGAAGCCACCCUUCAAGCCUCUGCCUUUCCUGCUUUCUAGAUUCAUUUUAAUAAUGCAGAUGUCUACCAGUUUAUCCUGUUUUUCUCGUGUCUCAUAUUAGUUUUUGUUGAAUUUGAUAUCAAUAUCAGACCAGCUCCUUUUUUAUUAAACCAUGAGUUUUAGCCUAUAUAGCAGUGGCUAUCCCUUCCUAGUUUCUCUGUUAAGCUCAAAAUAUGGUAAAUCAAAACUAUGACAAACUCUUUUUUAAAAAAAAAAAACCUAGACCCCUUGAUAAUCCUGCUGGAAAACUUAUUUCCUAUUUCCUGUUAAAUAAAUGUUAAUUCUGGUUCCUUCUAGUCGGCACCUCAAGCAUUCCAAGGGGAGUGGCAUCUAGGACUAGGAGAGAGCUUAAUAAAAUAGGUGUGGAUUCCAUUUCAUGCACCCUCUCUGCCAAACUUCGUGUGCUUUCUUAGUGCAAUAUGCUCUCUAUGCAUCAGUUUUAAAAUCUAACAAUGAUUUAAUUAUUACACAAGGGUUUUCCCUAAUUCCUCUACUUCACAUAAUAAUAGGGUUGUCAGUCCCCCGCUGGGGCCAGGGGAUCCCCCUGCUUACCUGGCUAGUGGGAGGGAACGUGCUUCUGGGGCAUGUUCCUGAGCAGCGUGGCACACUCUCGCACACUGCAGUAACUGGAUUUGGGCCCAAUUUGGCCCAAAUCAGGCCACUGCACUCCCAUGCUCCAUAGCGGAUGCAUUUGGGCUGAUUUGGGCCUGAUUCGGCUCCCUGCAGAGCACAGGAGCACUCCUAGGGCAGCAUAUAACUCGCAUGAUGACAUUACUUCCUGGAAGUAAUGUCAUCGUGCAGGCCAGGAGCAUGCACUAGCAGGAGAAGGUGAAAAGUAGGUGCUGGGCCUCCGAUCUCCCGCCUAAGGGGUCAGGGGACCUAGCAACCCUAUAUAAUAAUGAAACCAUAGGAAUGCAGAGCUGGAACAUGACUAUACCUUUAAGGGGGAAAACGAUGUCAUGUUCCAUAAAAUGUUGGUUGACAUUGAAAUUAAGGGCUUCAGAAAGCAACACUCAGGGCCCCAGUGUACUCCUCUGAAGGUGUUACAUUUGCACUAGUGCUAUAUGUUGCAGUGUGUACCAUACUUAAGCCUUUGCUAUGCAAAAGACCAGAAAUAACUAGCAAAUUAAGUUAGAUAGCAAAGGUGGUAUUCAGAAUUUGAACAUUGUAAGUCCGUGUUUUUGGCAUUUGCAAGAAUAUUGAUCUUCCUUUGAUUUUGUACAAAAUCAAUUUCUCUUUAUUUAGUGUUUGCAAGUAACUACACCAUUAACCCUUUGCUAAAUAUCUAGCUUGGACCAGGAAACAUUUUUCUCCCUGUUUCUGUAUGAUGUUAUGAAGAGAAAGGACAGCAUGUAGCACAACUAUGUUCUCCUUAUUCAAUUUCUCCUAACAUACUUAGUAUACUUGAUGAUUCUCUUUGAUUUAAUCUUCUCUUUCUGUUUCUAGCCCCACUUCUCCCAAUCAAAGCUGAGACCUGAAAAUGUUUUACUUAAGUUUUGACCUCUUUAAGCCUAAGGCUAGACACCGCAUGCAACACUCUCAUUGGAUUUAUGUCAGUGUUUCCAUUCAUAUCCUAAAGUAAAACCACCACCACCCUCAGCUGCCCUUUCUGGCCUCAGUGUUUCAGACUGUUUAAAGUUCCCCAGGGCAUCAAAAGUAGUUUUAAUAGAGCGGGUCUGUUUUUGAAGUGAAAGUCUCAAAAGCCUGCCUAUGCUGAAACUUUCUGCAUAUGGCUUUUGGUUCCAGGCGUAGGGAUUUAUGUGCUGUCAGAGCAAAUAUUACAAUGGGGUAGUUAAUUGGCAGUUUUUUCUAAUGUUUCACUUAUUCUGUAUCUAAACAUAUUUUUCCAUGUGCACUCCAAAGGCUUUUGUGUUGCACUAUAGCAAUGCCUGAACUCUCCUAAAGGAGGGGAGGAGAUAAGUGUUGAAAUGUAACUGGCUGGUUCAGUACAUCAUACCUGUCUGCCUUUAUUUAAUUUGCUUGUCUUGUAAAUCAAGAGGAUUUUAUUCUUUUAUUUUGUAAUUUUCUGAUGGAGUGUUGAUAAGCAUGCAUUCUGUUGCUAUAAUGCAUUUAUCUCUAUAGUUGCUGUUUGGGGGAUUUUGUAAUUUUCCAUUUGGUGUUCUGUUGAAUAUUAAUAUUUAAAGAAACAAUGGACUUCACCUCUAUUUUAAAAGUUUGUGCACCUAAUCACCAAAAAUAUUGAGAGUUAUGACUUGAAAAUACUUAUUUUAAAAGUAUGCUAUGUACAGAUAUCAAGAUUUCUUAUACUUAAUUUCAUUUUACAUGUGAUUUUAAGGAGAAUUUUAUUGCAUAUUUAAAGAAAUACAACACAGUUUUUAAAAUCUUAUUUUGCACUAGGGUUGCCAGAUACCCCUUUUCUUGAGAGAGUCGCUUUAUUCCAGAUCAUGCUAAUUCUAUAGAGCAUGACGGUUCUUCCUUAUUUCAAAACACCCCUGCUCCAUCAAACUCUAAACAACAGGCACCACAACAAUGUGCUCCUUUAUUUUUGAAUUUUUGAUAUGGCAAUCCUACCCUAACAUCACCUUAAUUAAGGAUACCUUUGCUGUAACAGAAUCUGUAUAAUAGCUCCCAUAUUGCCCAUUGCUAAGGCACAGGGCAGAGAUAAAGAGACAUGUUCAGAGUUGGUGCAAUUCCAGAGCAGUCUUAAGGCUGAUCUGUUUUAUUAGCGCUAUACAAAAGCAGUUUAGAAUUUUUGGCCAUGUUUGCAUGUACUGCUUCAUCUCUCUGCUGAUCAUGUGAUCCUAAAGUGUAGCUAGAUAUCCUAGUUGUUCAGAUAUAACAAAUUAAAAUGAUGGUACUACUUCUUAUUUGACAUGGUAGUUCACAUACUUUGUGGUAGUUUUUCAAGGUGGUUGAGUCUAUAACAACAUUUGCUCUACUUAACUUUUAGAAUGGCACCUAUCUGUUCAUGGGCCCUGAUUCUGCAAACCGUCUUUAUACAAGUCCAAUUGACAUGUGCAUGUGUAAAACUGCAGGGUACGGUCCUGAAAGCAGAACCCAAGUCACAGAAGAAUAAAUCGUGUUCUAUUUUUCUAUUUGAAAAUGCUGUAUACAUUAUCACUAGAAGCAAAUUACUGUAAAACUGAAAAAAACCCUAGGAAAAAACAUGUUCAUUUUUGCUUUCUCAUUAUUCAUGUGUGCAGAAUUCCUUUGGCUGUAGUAACCCAUUUCACAUAGCUGUUUCCUCCUGGUUAUGUGUGACUGAGUGUUAUAUAAAAAGUACAUGGGAGAGAAGCAAAAGCUAGUACAAUACAUUUACAUUGGCCCAAAUUAUACUGUCGUCACGUGGUAUAUUCAAAUCUUUUAUAAAUAAUUGGCUUGAUAUUAAACUAGAUCUAUUUAAAAGAAAAACAAAAAAUGUUGAUUCUACUUAUAAGAUGCAUUCCUCCAAUUACUGCCUCCCAGCUGUCUGAUGUUUCAAAAUAUAUUGAUGUGAAUGUGUUUGUGCCUAGGCUGAUGUGCAAUCAGUUAUUGCCAGUAUUGCAAAUGGCUUGUUGGUUAAGCUUUUUGAACUGAAGAGAAUCCUAAAGCCAACUUAGAUACAAAGUUUAAGGUUGUCACGUCCCCUUACCCUCCCAGCAGCAGGGGGGACCCAUCACUCACCUUUAUUUUCUUCUUUUCCUCAAAUGGAGCCCAUGCAAAGAGCAGGAACAUUCCUGGCGCAGUGCAAUGACGUCACUCCUGAGAGUGACGUUCUUGGCUACCCUGGGAAUGCGCCCUGAAGGUCUGUUCCCUUGCCUUCCUCCCUGGCCAAGUGAGUGGGGGGGGGAGUUCCCCCACCUUCACUGGGGGAACAGCAACCCUACCUGUUUCCUUGUCUUUCCCCCCUGCUGGCAAGUGAGUGGUGGUGGGGAGCAGAGGGUGAAAGUGAGGGAUCCCUCACCCCCACUAGGGGAAUGGAAACUAACAAAGUUGGAUAUUCUAAGUGAAACUAGAUCAUACUCUUAUUAAACUUCUAAUAAAAGGGCUGUUAUACUCAUCUAAUUAAGAAAUUAUUGUAAUUUAGUUCCAUUAUAGUUUAAGAGCAAGCCAAUUCAAAGUCAUUGAUACUUGUGAUAAAUUUUACCCUUUGUUAACAAGAAGAAAAAAAUACUAUUUGAAGCCAUCAAACCAGGCUUGUGAUUUCUAAUCAUAGCAAACAAAAUAAAGUAUCUCUGAGAAGA